AUGAGGAGCGAAGUGACUGCCGCCUCCUCGGCAGUGGCUGGUGGCAGCAGCAGCUUCACCUCCUACCACUUUGCCUCCUUCGCCGCGAUGGAGGUGACGGUGACGAUGGUGCCGCGCUUCACGAUGCCGCGCGUCACGACGGCGUUUGGCGGCCGCUACGGCCCCUUCGCCCCAAAUUACCCCGUCGACGUGCCGCUCUGGCUCGCCCUGCACAUUCGCCAGACCGACACAUGCACCAUCAACCCGCCGCCCUUCGUGGCGCUACCGUACCUUCGCGGCGUCGUGGAGCGGGAGGGUGAGAACGAGGCGACGUUUGAGUCCCUGCCGUUCUACUUCUUCGAGGUGGUGAAGAAGCUGUGCGAGAACAGCGCAGCCGCGGAGGACGUGCCGCACGUCGCGGAGGUGGUUCGCCUCGUCGACGAGGUAAAGGCGAUACGGCGGCAGAAGNUGCAGCGCAGCAUGGCCGUCUUCGAGGCGGAGGGCUCACCAGUCUUCAUCCCCGGUAUUAAGCUCACCAACAUUGUGAACCACGAGCUCGAGUACCUCCGCGCCUCCUUUGCCAAGGUGCUGCAGCAGUCGGCGGAGAUGAAACGGCGCAGAGAGCAGCUCGUUGGUUUGCCCAUCGACAGCAGCACACCGCUGCGGCCAAGCGGCGCCCCACGGCCGUCCGAGCACGGCGGGCUCAGCAGCAGCGGCGCCGUCGAGACGCCAUCCAUCACGACCACACGGCAGAGCGGCGACCAGCAGAUAACGCCCACACCAGACGCAACAGCAACAGUAACCACAGCAUCCGUGACAGACGCGUCGGAGUUCGCAACGACUGCAACAGAGGGCUUGGCGUCGCCGCCUGUGAAGAAGCGACGCACACUUCGCCAGACGUGA